UCCUGAAGCCUCCAGAAUUCCUUUCAUUCCAAAGCCUUUGACCUCAACAUGAAGAUCUCUACAGCGCUUCUGUGCCUAUUUCUUAUGGCUGCCACCAUUGGCCCACAGGUGUUGGCUAGGCCAGAUUCAGUGUGCAUCCCUGUCACCUGUUGUUAUAAAAUGGUUAAUAAGUUCCGCGUGCAAAGGCUGAAGAGCUACAGGAGAAUCACCAGCACCCACUGUCCCCAGGAGGCUGUGAUCUUCAGAACCAUACUGAAUAAGGAGAUCUGUGCUGACCCCAAGAAGAAGUGGGUUAAGGACUCCAUAAAGUACCUGGACCAGAAGUCUCUAACUCGGCAUCCUUGAACCUCCCUGUCUAGGCUGAGAGUCCCAGGAAAAUCUUAUGUACUUUCCCCCAACCUUCCCCGUGAGCAGUGUGAUAGUAAUUUAUUAUGAUAUCUAAAGAGAGGUGCCUUUAAUAAUUUAAA